AUGUCGUUCAUGGGAGGGGCCGAGUGCUCUACCGCGGGCAACCCCCUUAGCCAACUCGCAAAGCACGCCCAGGAUGACCAGAGCCUGCAGCGUGACAGGCUGGUGAAUCGUGGCCCAUCAGCCGGCCCGGACUCUUUCCGGAGUGCUAUGCACAAUGGACCAGCCCAAGAUGGGGCCAUGAGUGCUUUUAUGAACCAGUCUGCGACCAUGCCAGAGAUGGCAUUUGAACACGGCCCUCAUGGCCAGUUCCCCCUCGAUGCCGCACAAGCAGCUCAUCUUCGCGGGGCUACAAUAUCACCACCACACAUGGGGGCAGUUCCGACCUCGACGGCAUCACCAUUCAGCGCCGCCGAAUUUGCCGCUUUCCAACGCCAAAACCCCGAGGCUAUGUCAUCGUCGUCCAGCGCUGGUCCGAUGUCGGCCGGCGCCGCGUCUGCAAGUGCGUCUAGCUUGCAACAACACCGACCAACACUUGGUACAGUUUACCCGAUGGGCAUGGGAAUGGGAAUGGGCAUGGGCAUGGGCAUGGGUAUGGGUAUGGGGUAUGCAUCAAUGGGCCGGCCACUGUACCAGCCUAUGUUCCAACAGCAAAGCGGCGUGUCACAAGAGAUGCUGGAUGGAGUCGUAGACAAGGGCAAGGGCAAGGAAAAGAUCCUGGAACUGGAUGACAACCAGUGGGAGGAGCAAUUCGCCAAAAUCGAGUUGGAGAACAAGCAAGCCGAGGAAGAUGAGAGCUUGGCGAUGGAGCCAGAGCUCAACAAAAUGGACGAGGAGCUUCUCGAAUCGGAGACAGGGUUCGGGGACUUUGAGUCAAUAUGGAAUGGCAUACAAGCCGGAAACGCUGAUAUGGCUGAUUUGACGCAGUUUUGGGAGACCUCCAACGCACGCCUGGGGCAAGCUCCUCCUAUCGAACCUUACAUGUUUGAGGAGGACAACAUAUUCAAGGAUCAGCCAAAUGCCUUUGAGGAAGGCAUGCGUAUCAUGGAUGAAGGUGGUAACUUGUCUCUCGCGGCACUCGCCUUUGAGGCGGCGGUGCAGGCAGAUCCAAAUCAUGUGGAGGCCUGGGUGCAGCUCGGAUCGGCCCAGGCACAGAACGAAAAGGAGGAUGCGGCCAUCCGGGCGUUGGAGAGGGCACUCGAGAUCGAUCCCAACAAUCUUGCAGCCCUGAUGGCCUUGGCUGUCUCAUAUACCAACGAGAGCUACGAUGGCACGUCGCACAGGACCCUCGAGCGAUGGUUGUCAGUCAAGUACCCUCAGAUAUGCCCGCCAGAGAAGCUCUCGUCUGCCGCGGACCUGGGCUUCACUGACCGCGAGGAACUCCGAAAGCGUGUCACAAACAUGUUCCUCGAGGCUGCUCGUCUCGCGCCGGAUGGACAGCAUAUGGAUCCAGACGUCCAGGUGGGACUUGGUGUGCUCUUCUAUGGCGGCGACGACUUCUCAAAGGCCGUCGACUGCUUCAGCGCCGCACUGGCUUCCUCCGAGCAGGGUACAAGCAACCGACAAAACCAGGUGCAUCUUCUCUGGAAUCGCCUCGGUGCCACAAUGGCCAACAGCGGCCGGAGCGAGGAGGCUAUCCACGCGUACGAGAAAGCACUUGCCAUCCGACCGAACUUUGUCCGCGCACGCUACAACCUGGGCAUCAGCUGCAUCAACAUGAAUUGUGAGCGUGAGGCUGCCGGUCACCUUCUGGCCGCGUUGGCCAUGCACAAGGAGGUCGAGAAGAGUGGACGUGAGAGAGCCCGCGAGAUCCUCGGUGGAAACGGCUCUGUGAGUGAAGCGGACCUCGAGCGCCUCACAACGCAAAAUCGUAGCACGACACUAUAUGACAGCCUGCGCCGUGUCUUCACGACACUUGGCCGGCGUGACCUUUGCGACAAGGUCGUGCCUGGGGUAGACCCAGAUGUCUUCAGGACGGAUUUUGACUUUUGA